AUGAAGUGGUGUGCAGUGAUUUGCCUGUUGUUCGCAUCGGUGGCUUGCAACGAGCUGCCUUUAGCUGAACCAUGUAACGAAGAUUUGUGUAAAUUGCCUAAUUGCAAGUGUUCAUCUACAGACAUUCCUGGAGGUCUGCAACCGAGAGACACACCACAGUUCAUUCUCCUUACUGUAGAUGACAAUAUAAAUGCUGAUAAUAUUCCUACCUACAGGGAAAUUUUUUACAACCGUCGUAAUUCGGACGGCUGUUUAUCUGGUGUAACAUUCUACAUUAAUCAUGAAUAUAAUAAUUACGUACUCGUUAAUGAACUGUACAAUCGGGGUUACGAGAUCGGUCUACACUCAAUUAGUCAUCAGUUACCAAUAUCUUACUGGACAUGGGCUACAGCUGAAGUUAAGGCGAGAGAAUUUGGAGAUCAGAUAGGCCAAAUGGCAUACUUCGCAAACAUUCCCUAUGAAACUCUAAAUGGUAUGCGCGUUCCUUUUCUGGAAUUGGGAGGUAACUCCACUUCUGAGGCCGUUGUUAAUCACGGUUUACUGUAUGAUCACACUCGAGGUACAAUAGAAAAUAUCGACCCUGGCAUGUGGCCAUAUACUUCUGAUUACGCUUCAACACAGGACUGUGUUAUACAUCCGUGCCCUACAGCAUCAAUUCCUGGUGCGUGGGUGUUACCUAUGCUUACUUGGAUAGAUGCAGGUGGUCAUGCAUGUGCAAUGAUUGACAACUGCCUGGAACCGCCUCCUGUUACUGAUGAAGAAGCAUGGUUCCAGAUGAUUUUACGUAACUUCGAGAGGCAUUACUUGGGUACCCGAGCACCAUUCGGUGUUUAUACCCACGAAUGGUAUAUCAGAGCCAAUCCAGCUGUGAAAAGAGCUAUUGAAAGGUUCAUGGAUCUAGUUAAUAAUCUAGAGGACGCUUUUAUGGUUAACAGUCGUGAUGUAAUUGAGUGGGUAAAAAAUCCUUUAAAUAUUACCGAGUACAAACGACAACCUUGCAAAAUUGUUGUUCCGACUACUUGCGUGCGACAUCAAUGUGGACCCUUGCAGUCUUACCAUAGGCCGGGCUACAACUACUGGAUGGAAGCUUGCGUCCCAUGUCCCAGAGUAUACCCAUGGCUUUAUAAUCCUUAUGGCUUGUAA